AUGGCUACUUCCUUCAUGCAGAGCUCUUCUUCUACCUAUGGCGGUGGCUUUGGGGGUGGUGGAAGCUGCAGCUCUCGCCUUUCCUCCGUCCGAACAGGAGGAACCUGCCGAGCUCCAAGCAUACAUGGAGGAUCUGGUGGCAGGGGUGUCUCCAUCUCUUCAGCUAGGUAUGUCUCCUCUGUAGGAGCUGGAUAUGGUGGUGGGUUGUGUUCUGGUUAUGGUGGUGGUUAUGGAGGAGGCUACAGCGGCUUUGGUGGUGGUGCAGCCUGUGGCUUUGGUGGAGGGGCUGGCUUUGGUGGAGGGGCUGGCUUUGGUGGAGGAUCUGGCUUUGGUGGAGGGGCUGGCUUUGGUGGAGGUUUUGAAGUUGGUAGUGGCUUUGGUGGUGGUGAUGGCCUUCUCUCUGGAAAUGAAAAGAUAACUAUGCAGAAUCUGAAUGACCGUCUGGCUUCGUACCUGGACAAGGUACGAGCACUGGAAGAGGCAAAUUCGGAUUUAGAAAUUAAAAUCCGAGACUGGUACCAGAAGCAAGCUCCCUCCAGCCCAGCCCGGGACUACAGUAAUUAUUACAAGAUAAUUGAAGAUCUCCGAGACAAGAUCCUUGCAGCUACUAUUGACAAUUCCAGAGUCAUUUUGGAGAUUGACAAUGCCAGGCUGGCUGCAGAUGACUUCAGACUGAAAUACGAGAAUGAGUUGUUCCUGCGCCAGAGCGUAGAGUCCGACAUCAACGGCCUGCGCAGAGUACUGGAUGAGCUGACCCUGGCCAGAGCUGACCUGGAGAUGCAGAUUGAAACACUGAAGGAGGAGCUGGCCUACCUCAAGAAGAACCACGAGGAGGAAAUGAAAGAGUAUUCAAAUCAGCUAAGUGGAACAGUCAACGUGGAAAUGGAUGCGGCUCCUGGCAUCGACCUGACCAGAAUUCUCUCUGAGAUGAGGGAACAGUAUGAAGCUCUGGCUGAGAAGAACCGUAAAGAUGCUGAGGCCUGGUUCUUCACUCAGACUGAUGAGCUGAACCGUGAAGUAGCCACCCAUACACAACAGAUACAGACCAGCAAAUCGGAGAUCACAGAACUGAGACGCACAGUCCAGGGUCUGGAGAUUGAGCUCCAGUCGCAGCUCAGCAUGAAAGCUGGACUGGAAGCCAACUUGCGAGACACAGAAGGACGAUACUGCGCACAGCUGGCACAGAUUCAGGGCCUCAUCACCAGUGUUGAGGAGCAAUUGAGUGAACUUCGAUGCGACAUGGAGCGUCAGAACCAGGAGUACAGAAUGCUCAUGGACAUCAAAAGUCGCCUGGAGCAGGAAAUCGCCACGUACCGCCAUUUGCUGGAGGGCCAGGACUCUCAGAUGUCAGGAGUGAACCCGAAGGAUGCAUCUCUGGGCCUUGGAAGAGGUCGCAUGGGCAUAGAAGAUGAUGGAAAACCCAUUUCUACUCGUGACAGGAGACUCCCGUAA